GCUUUCCUUGGUUCAUUUCACCCACUAUCCAGCUCGUCCUCGUCGUCGAUAACGUUGCUGAGCAGUCACUUUGAGUCACAUAGAGACACAGCCCGGAUCCGUGUAUUUCAUCGCAGUGUUCACAACUGCCAUUUAGAGACCGCGUCUUAUAUAGCGCUACAACCCAAGUAUCGCCUCAUCGCCCCUACGCACAAACUCCCCUUCUUCCUCCCCAGUCAAAUUGCGUAGACAGCGUCUUUGUGUACUUUGUCUUCCAAGCACUACUACUAUCCUUCGUCUCGUUAGCUCGUCGGUACACCCACCAUUCCCUCACCCGUAGUAGUCGCAACAUUGGCUUUGCCACCCGCACGAAUAUUGCAUCCUACCCAUGGACGUACUCAAAUCACUCGUGCAGCCUCUCGUAGGCGGCGGCGGAGGUUCUGGAAUGAUUGACGGUAUGAAGUUGGUCGUGCUCGGAGGCACUGUUGAGACUGCUAGACGAAUGGCUAGUACUGGCUGGUCACAUUUUAUUAACUCGUUCUUCUUGACUGCCCACUUCUCCGAGGAUGAUUAUCCGUAUGACUGGCUGAUGCUAUGGCUCUCUCGUCGUCCUGAAUGGCAACGCUCGCGAGAGUUUGAGACGACGACGCGGUCAUCGACGCCAGGUUUCGGCUCCCAAAUUGCAGACAACUCGUUCGGAGACGAGGAUGAAGAGGAUGAAGAUGUCCCCGGAAAGGUUAAGACUCGUGUCGUCUUUCAGCCAACGGCGAACUCGACCCACACCAUUUACUACAAGGGUCACUGGCUCCGAGUAAGACGCGGUCGUAACAACAGCGGUUCCGAGGUCCUGUCUAUCAGCGUUGUUGCCCGCAAUAACUCGAUCUUGAAACAGCUAGUGCUGCAAGCCAAGAAGGAGUAUGAAGCUGAGGCCGUGCACCGGAUACAAAUCUAUUUUGCCGACUCGCACGGCUGCUGGCGAUGGACUGACUCGCGGCAUAAGAGGCCCAUGUCCUCCAUUGUCCUGAAUCCUGGUGUGAAAGAAAUGCUGCUUGCUGAUACAAAGGACUUCCUCAAAUCUGAGAAGUGGUAUGCGGACCGAGGGAUUCCAUUCCGUCGAGGAUACCUUCUACAUGGUGUACCGGGCUCUGGCAAGAGUUCGCUUAUCCACGCCAUCGCCGGCGAGUUGAUGCUAGACAUCUACGUCGUAUCGUUGUCGUCAUCUUGGAUCAACGAUAGCACCUUGACAACGCUAAUGGGACGCGUCCCAGCCCGAUGCAUAGUUCUACUAGAGGACCUCGAUGCUGCAUUCACCAGAAGUACAUCGCGAGAUGAUGGGUCGACGGGUGUGCCCACAUCAAAUAACAACGAUAAUAACACAGAGCAGACUUCAAGUGAGACGACCACACAAACAGUCAUCACGAGAAACGGAAGACGUGUGGUGAAGACCGAUCAAGUCCCUGAUGUUAAUACGUUAAGUUUGAGUGGAUUGCUGAAUGCCUUGGAUGGUGUUGCCGCUAGUGAGGGCCGCAUUCUCUUCGCCACGACUAAUCAUCUUGAGCGUUUGGAUCCCGCGUUGUCCCGUCCCGGUCGUAUGGAUGUUUGGGUUGAGUUCAAGAACGCGUCAAAGUGGCAAGCAGAGCUACUGUUCCGUAAUUUCUUCCCGUCCACCGACGAGGACAACGAGGUAUUGGAAGGCGACUUGGAGGGAAUCGAUCUGCCAGAUGUGCCUUCAACACCUUCAGGGGAAUCAACGUCUGGCUCAACAUUGUUCUCCUUGCCUUCGUCGUUGUCCAGUCCAACGGGAUCGAGCAUGUCGUUACCGACAGUGUCAUCAUCUACGGUGUCCUCGGGUCCAGCGACACCAACAAGGACUAGAAAGGCAUUCAAAGUGAAUCCUAGCGAAGCGUUAAAGCACCAGUCGUAUCUUCCCCCUCCAGUUGACGAAGAUAUUUCUCACUCGGCUGUGCCUUUGGAUGGAGAGACGCUAAGUAGGUUGGCCAAGAGCUUCGCUGAUGCGAUUCCCGAUGAAGAGUUCAGCGUAGCUGCGCUUCAAGGCUGUAAGUAUAUUUUCCUCCAGAGCAUAUCUCUUGAAGAACAAAUCAAGACCAGAAGAGGCCGCAGCCGGUGCAGCGGCAUGGGUUGUGAGCGAGCGAGAGAUGAAGGAGAGGAUGAGGAAGGAAAGGGAGGCUCGCGAGCUCAAGGAAAAGAUAGAGCGCGAGAAGAGACGUAAGGAGCUCUUGGAGAAGGAACGCGAGAAGGAGCUUGAGAAGAAAAAAAUCGAGGAGGAGGCGAGACUCAAGGUUCUCGCUGAAGAGAAGGAAAAGGCGCUCGAAAGGGCCCGCCAGGAGCUUGAGGACAAGGCCGCUAUUGAGGCUGCUGAACUCGAGGCUGCUCAUGCCGAAGAGGCCAACAAGGAGAACGAAGCUGCUUCCAGCGGUUGGGCCACUCCUCUCAAUACCGAAAGUCCUGGCGUCGGAGCUGAGGUUUUGGACAGCACCACUUGGGUAUCCACCGGCGAGAGUUCUCAAUGACUGCGGCUGGAUGUUGCAUCUAACCACGACGACGCUGGUUCUACAAUCUUCAGCUUAGAACCGUCCCAAAUAGAAGAUUCAGUCGCUGAACGAACUCCGGUCGACCAGCAAAUCGCUCGGCGGCACGCUCGCGGGUUUGCAAUGAUGCUGUAUCCUUUCAUUCCUUACUAUCUCCUUCAAUUGUACCUCCUCCUGCACCUCACGCUCUUUGGAGAAAGCGGGACCUGGGUUGUGCUUUAGACUUAGUCUUCCCGUUUUGCUUCUUGUAUCAUGAUUUCAUGAUUGGUGAUGCCUUCAUGCCCGGACUCUUCGCCUUGCUGUGUCUUUACAUAUUCGCCUUUCCCCAUUCAGCAGCUGUUUAUCUUUCUUGCAAUGUUCUCGUCACGACCAUCUCAUCCCCAUUUUGCAUGCACCGCACUUUAUAUUCAAAUCAUACAUUGAUACUAGUUCUCAUUGCUCCUAUGUACUCACAGCCUUCGUUGCAGUGCUUCCGUAGGUUAUUCAUGUUCAUCGUUGAUUUAUGGCUUGUACUUGCUAGAGUACCAGACCGUUAGAGUUCGCCAAUAUAUUGUUUCCUGGCGUGCGAUGGCACUU